GCCCCUAGUGGCUAAACGAUUUAGCCUGUUUAGGAAAUGCCAGUUUCUCAACUCUGUAAUGUGGCUUCUGAUGUGAGAGAACUUGGAGCUAAAUAAAAUUAGUAUAUGUCACUCAAACAUUAACGAUUUUCCAUUAGCCCCACCACCCUUCACCCCUAAGGUUAUUUGGAAUGUGUUUCUUUAAUGAGAUAAUCAUUUGUUAAUGUAAUCCCAUCUAAGAAAAUAUAAAUCAAAACCAGUGGAUUUGAAAUAGAUUCAAUAUGAAAAACCAAAUUAAAUGACAACUGUUAAAAUAUCUACGGAGAACAUUCUAAAACUCACAGAAACAAAUGCCUAGGUCUGGGGCAUCUGGCUUAUUUUAUAAAGUGAAGAACUUUGCUUGACUGGUGGGAAGCAGAGAGGGGAAAGAUAAUGUCCCAAGUAAAAAGGCUGACGUCCAGAGAAGAAAACUAGAGUGGGUAAAUACGGGCACGCCCUACUCAAACCCAGGCCUUUCCUCUGGACCCUGUGAUGCUUCUCAACACUGGCAACUUGUCAGUGUACCUCAGAGACUAUUCUAGGCGGAGAUUAAAUUCGUCCUUGGCCCUUAAUGUACUGGAAACAAGUUGGUCAGGCCACGUGUCAGGCUGAGAAAGCACACAAGUCGUGGAGUUCCAGGUGUCGAGGUUGGCAAAGGUAAAUGAGGCGCCUUGGCAAACGCGCGGGAACUGUAGCGUGCGGUGUACCUCCUCCUUAGCAAAGCUUUCUCAAUGCCUCUUAGGUUAGACCCGCCGCAGGGAUGAAGGGGUUGCUGGCGGAUUGCAGGUGCCUGCAGCACAGGGCCCAGAACUAAGAACGGACAACACAGAUUCUUAAGCCCUGCUUGGAGGCACUGCUGUGAGCUGGCAUUAGAACCGAACCUAGCUGUACUAAGUAUAAAGGCAAAGUAGUUAUGACACUGUUGGCAGUGAAAUUAUACUUGGAACUCUUUCGCAGAAAUCGCUAGGGACUCGCUAGCUCUGGGCCCCUUCUCCUCCAGGCUCUCCAGUUUCAUGGAAAGGCUUCCCUAUGAAACUGAAAACGCGCUGGUAAGACGGAGAAAUGCGACCGGACUGCAAUUCCCAGAAGCCGUCGCAGGCCCUCAGCAUCCGGGACACUAGCAGCAAGGAUCCCUGGGUAUUGUGGUCCUGUGCUUUGCCAGCAACCCUCUGCCGACGGUAAAAUUCCAGCCGGACAUAGAACCACAACUCCCAGCAACCCCUGCUGCCGUGUGGGGGGUCUUCACGUUCUCGUGGCGCGGCGCAAGCGCACUGGGUCCUCGGCGCGGACCGCGCAGACUGAAUAAUAAAAGGGGAGCGGCGAAGAGGCAGGAAGACAAGACCAUGUCGAAGGGCCCCGGGCCCGGCGGCUCCGCAGCUUCCUCGGCGCCCCCGGCCGCUACCGCUCAGGUGCUGCAGGCACAGCCCGAGAAACCGCAGCACUACACGUACCUGAAAGAAUUCCGCACAGAGCAGUGCCCACUGUUUGUGCAACACAAAUGCACGCAGCAUCGGCCCUACACCUGCUUCCACUGGCACUUCGUGAACCAGCGGCGCCGCCGGUCCAUCCGCCGUCGGGACGGCACCUUCAAUUACAGCCCUGACGUCUACUGCACCAAGUACGACGAGGCUACAGGCCUCUGCCCGGAGGGCGACGAGUGCCCAUUCCUGCACAGAACCACAGGGGACACUGAGCGCAGGUACCACCUUCGUUACUACAAAACUGGAAUCUGCAUCCACGAGACAGACUCGAAAGGCAACUGCACCAAAAACGGCCUGCACUGCGCUUUUGCCCACGGGCCCCAUGACCUCCGCUCCCCUGUCUACGACAUCAGGGAGCUUCAGGCCAUGGAGGCCUUGCAGAAUGGCCAGACCACAGUAGAGGGGAGCAUAGAGGGCCAGUCAGCUGGGGCUGCGAGCCACGCCAUGAUAGAAAAGAUCCUCAGCGAGGAGCCUCGGUGGCAAGAGACUGCUUAUGUGCUGGGGAACUAUAAGACGGAGCCUUGCAAGAAGCCCCCGCGGCUGUGCCGCCAAGGCUAUGCCUGUCCCUACUACCACAACAGCAAGGACCGGCGGCGGAGCCCCCGGAAGCACAAAUACAGGUCGUCUCCAUGUCCAAACGUCAAGCACGGGGAUGAGUGGGGAGACCCUGGCAAGUGUGAGAACGGAGACGCCUGCCAGUACUGCCACACCCGCACUGAGCAGCAGUUCCACCCCGAGAUCUACAAGUCCACCAAGUGCAACGACAUGCAGCAGUCGGGCAGCUGUCCCCGAGGACCCUUCUGCGCCUUUGCCCACGUAGAACAGCCACCCCUAAGUGACGACCUGCAGCCUUCCUCAGCUGUGUCCAGCCCCACCCAGCCGGGUCCUGUCCUGUACAUGCCGUCUGCUGCCGGAGACUCGGUGCCUGUGAGCCCCUCCAGCCCGCAUGCCCCUGACCUCAGUGCCCUCCUCUGUAGAAACAGCAGCCUAGGCAGCCCGUCUAACCUCUGCGGCUCCCCACCGGGCUCCAUCAGGAAGCCCCCAAACCUGGAGGGCAUCGUCUUCCCUGGGGAGUCUGGCCUGGCCCCUGGCAGCUAUAAGAAGGCUCCCGGCUUCGAGAGGGAAGACCAGGUGGGAGCCGAGUACCUGAAAAAUUUCAAAUGCCAGGCCAAAUUAAAACCCCACUCAUUAGAGCCCAGGAGUCAAGAGCAGCCUCUGCUUCAGCCCAAACAGGACAUGCUGGGCAUCCUUCCCGCAGGCAGCCCCCUGACCUCAAGCAUCUCUUCUAGUAUCACCUCCAGCCUGGCAGCUACCCCCCCUAGCCCAGUGGGCACCAGCAGCGUCCCCGGCAUGAAUGCAAAUGCUCUGCCCUUCUACCCCACCAGUGACACGGUGGAGUCAGUCAUAGAGUCUGCUUUGGAUGACCUGGACCUGAAUGAGUUUGGCGUGGCCGCCCUGGAGAAGACUUUCGAUAACAGCACAGUGCCCCACCCAGGAAGCAUCACCAUCGGCGGCAGCUUGCUGCAGAGCUCUGCGCCCGUGAACAUCCCCGGCUCCUUGGGCAGCUCUGCCUCCUUCCACUCAGCAUCCCCGUCCCCUCCCGUCAGCCUCUCCUCGCAUUUCCUGCAGCAGCCCCAGGGCCACCUGAGCCAGUCGGAAAACACAUUUUUGGGAACCUCAGCAUCACAUGGAUCUUUGGGUCUGAACGGGAUGAACAGCAGCAUCUGGGAGCAUUUUGCCUCUGGAAGCUUCUCCCCGGGCACUUCCCCCGCUUUCCUAUCAGGGCCAGGGGCUGCUGAGCUGGCCCGACUUCGGCAAGAGCUGGAUGAAGCCAACAGCACCAUCAAGCAGUGGGAGGAGUCCUGGAAGCAGGCCAAGCAGGCUUGUGAUGCCUGGAAGAAAGAGGCAGAGGAGGCUGGUGAGCGGGCCAGUGCGGCGGGCGCCGAGUGCGAGCUGGCCCGGGAGCAGCGGGAUGCACUGGAGGUGCAGGUGAAGAAGCUCCAGGAGGAGCUGGAGCGGCUACACGCGGGGCCUGAGCCCCAGGCCCUGCCUCCCUUCUCCGACCUGGAGGCGCUCUCACUCUCUACCCUCUACUCCCUCCAGAAACAACUGCGGGCCCACCUGGAACAAGUGGACAAGGCCGUGUUCCACAUGCAGUCGGUGAAAUGCCUUAAGUGUCAGGAACAGAAGCGGGCAGUACUGCCGUGCCAACACGCUGCGCUGUGUGAGCUCUGCGCCGAGGGCAGCGAGUGCCCCAUCUGCCAGCCUGGCCGGGCCCACGCCCUCCAGUCGUGACCCUGCAGGCCUGGCCCAGCCUGGCCCAGAUCUUCUCACCUAGGACUUUUUAAAGUAUAUAUAUAUAUACAUAUAUAUAUGAAUAUAUAUAUAUAUAUGUGUAUGUAUGUAUGUAUAUGUAUAUGAUUAUGUAUAUGUAUACAUUUCCGUAUGUGUGCAGGUAUGCGUGGUGGUGUGGACAGUGUCUGUGUGUAUAUCUGUACAUAGAUAUAGACACACACUUUAAAAGACUUACCAAGCACUUUUUAAAAGAAGAAACUAUUUUGCAGUCCUCCCCUACCCACUCCCUGCCCUUCCCACUGCAGAGCUGACAUCCCCUCUUCCCCCACUGGCCUUUUGGCAGAGAAUCUGUUUCUGUCUCUUUUUUAAUGUAGGAACUAACUAUUUUUAACUUCUUCCUGGGGCCUGAGCAGGGAAGGGUGGGACUGGAAGGCACUAAGGGGAGGGGAGAAGCCCUCAGGGCAGGCCCUGCUCCCCCUACCUCCUUGCCAGGGCAAGGGUGGAGUGUGGAAGACGUGGGUCCCCCAGAGCAGGUCUGGCCCCCAGCUGUGAGGGCCUCAGGGAGGCCUGAGGGGGAGUGCUGGGGGUCUCAGCUGGCUUAGCUCCUAGGUUUACCAAAUGUAUAUUUAGUCUUGGGGAGAACAGCAAGGGCUGGAGGCCAGUGCUGCAGGGCCAGCCCCACUCCCGACACCUGGGCCCUUGAAGCUCCUUGAGGGGCAAGGCCCAGGAGUUCCAGCCCUCAGUUUCCUGAGGGUCCACCCUCAGUCCUUUCCCCCCGGACUCCCCACAAGAGCCUCCCUGACCCCAGGGCCGCCUACCAGGCUGGUACUCAUUCUAUGACCGCCCCCCCCCACCAGCUGCCCCCAGCUCUCCCUGCCCCCUCCCCUCUCUGGCAGCUAGCAGGGCAAUUGGCGGGGAGGAGUGCGGACUGAGGACCAAGGGGGCCCAGGCCCUGCCCUCCUACCCGGAGGGGCUCCGUAUGCAUUCCUUGGUGCUCUCUGAGUGCAGCUGGUGUCCCGCCCUGUUCUGGGCGGACGCCUAUGUGCGUGUGUGUGUGCCUGUCCAGUGUAUAUUGUGUCUUAGCUUCCAUUUUAAAAAUUGUUCUGUACAGAGAGAGAUGCAGCAGGGGCGGGAGGGCAGAGUGGGCGGAGGGGAGCAGCCGCACCCCCAGCACCGGGUGUCUGGGGUAGGAGAAAGAGGACUGAGAGGGUCUGGUCCUGGCCCAGGCUCCCCCUUGGGCUCAGCACGAAAGGGCUUUCAAUGAAUUAAGUGAAAACUUUUUCCUUUUUUACAAAAAUGCAAAAAUCAACAAAGCUCCAAACCUAUUGGAAAUAAAAUAUGAACUUGCA